AUGACCAAGUCCUCGUCUGACCUGGAGAAGCAGCCGGAUCACUCGACUGACCAAACCACCGACGUGGAGCCCUCGGCCGAGGCGGCUACAGACCUCUCCCCAGCCCCCGACGGCGGCCGCGUUGCUUGGCUCGUCGCAGUCGGCGCCUGCUGCACCUCCUUUGCCGGUCUUGGCUUUGCCAACUCCACUGGCAUCUUCAUCGAGUACUACCUCUCCCACCAGCUGCAGGGCAGGACCGCCGACGAUGUCGCCUGGAUCGGAUCCCUCUCCAACUUCAUCCAGUUCGCCUCCGGGUGCAUCGGCGGCCCCCUCUUCGACCGCUACGGCGCCUGGGUCAUCCGCCCCGCCGCCGUCCUCUACCUCCUGGCCAUCAUGAUGACGAGCCUGUGCCACGAGUACUGGCAGUUCAUGCUCGCUCAGGGCGUCCUCCUCGGCAUCGGCAUGGGCGGGCUCAUGUUCCCCGCCCUCGCCGCCGUCUCCCAGUGGUUCGACAAGAAGCGCGCCGCCGCACUCGGCCUCACCAUCUCGGGCUCCUCCAUCGGCGGCGUCGUCAUCCCCAUCAUCUUCUCCAAGCUCCUCAACGACUCCUCCCUCGGCUUCGGCUGGAGCGUCCGCGUCGUCGGCUUCGUCAUGAUGCCCUUCUUGCUCUUCUCCUGCGUCUUCAUCAAGGCCCGCCUCCCCCCCAAGGUCUCCAGCUUCUUCGACGUCAGCGCCUUCAAGCAGACCGAGUUCUGCCUCCUCGCCGGGGCCAUGUUCUUCAUGAUGCUCGGCGUCUUCACCCCGCUCUUCUACAUCCCCACCCUCGCCGUCUCGCGGGGGAUGAACGCCACGCUGGCCUCGUACCUCCUCGCCAUCAUCAACGGCGCCUCCAUCUUCGGCCGCAUCAUCCCGGGAGUCCUCGCUGACAAGCUCGGCCCCAGCAACGUCUUCUCCGUGGCGGGCUUCGUCACCGGCGUUAUUGUCUGCUGCCUGAAUGAACCUUCCGGCACGGCUGAGUUCGUCGUUUACUGCGUCUUCAUCGGGUUCUGCUCCGGCACCGUCAUUUCUGGAGGGUCGGCGGCGCUGGCGAGGACGGUGAAGAACCCGCAGCUCAUGGGCACGUACCUGGGCAUGGGCAUGGGUCUCUCGUCCAUCGCCGUCCUGAUCGGGCCCCCCAUCAACGGCAGGCUCCUGGACCAAUACGGGUUCUUGUCUGUCGGGCUGUUCAGCGGUCUGGUGUGUCUUGCCGGGGGUGCUUUGGCGCUCCUUAGCAAGGUAUUCUCUCCCCAUGGCCUCAUUAGCAAGUUCUAG